ACAAUGGCAAUGGACUACAAGAUUCGCACAGUGGAAAUAAACGGGGAGAAAGUCCAGUUGCAGAUCUGGGAUACAGCAGGCCAGGAGAGUUUCAGGACAAUGACCUCCACGUACUAUAGAGGCAUGCACGGUGUAAUCGUGGUUUAUGACGUCACAAGCGCAGAGUCCUUUGUUAACGUCAAGCGCUGGCUGCAUGAAAUCAAUCAAAACUGUGACGACGUCUGUCGAAUAUUAGUGGGUAAUAAGAACGACGAUCCGGCCUCUAAAGUGGUGGAGACCAACGAUGCGCAGAAGCUUGCAGAGCAGAUGGGCAUCCGACUGUUCGAGACCAGCGCCAAAGAGAACCUCAAUGUGGAGGACAUGUUCAACUGCAUCACCGAGCUGGUCCUGAAGGCCCGGAAAGAGUCUGUAGCCAAACAACAACAACAGCAGCAAAGUGAAGUCGUCAAACUGAGUAAGAGCAACAAACGCAAGAAGAAAUGCUGCUAAUGGACUACACACACACACACACACACACACACACACACACACACACACACACACACACACACACACACACACACUUAUAGAGAGCCAAUGGACAGAACGCCACUGAACUGACGUGAGCCAGAGACUGAACUUAACACACUUAAAGCAACAUGAAGAUCUCUGUAGAUUUCCUAAUGAUGGACAUCAGGAGGAGCUUUUAGCAGGAUCACACUUCCUCUCCUCAGAAGAUGAUGCUGACAAUUAAACUAGAGGAUCAAACCUUUCUGUUUUUGAGCAUCUUCAUCUGGAUUCUGACUGAUUCAAAGGCCAAAUGUGAGCAGUGUUAAUGUGGCGUGCCAAACAAACCACAGCGAUAUCAGGACGAACACAUCCACUCGCAGAGUGUUGAAGAAUAUGGCAUGUUUUAGUUUUAGUUUUGGUUUUAUAUGAGCUCAUCUAUGAUGGACUGUGGACCAAACAUGCGCUCCGCUCUGCCGAUACUAAGAGACACUUGUUUUGCCUUUUGCUUUCUCUCUUUUUUUUGUAAAAGUGUAUUUUUUACUAACAGAUUAUACAAUCACUGUAGCGUUCAGCUGAUGUGCUGCCGUUAACUGAACGCUAGUCUAUUUACAGAGCUGGGAGGAAAUGCCAAACCAUUACACAAAGACUUCACCAGGAAUGCACUUGUGUCUUAGUUUACUCACAUGGAUGAUCAGUGCAAAGCAUUCAGUUUCUUAAAGACACAGUACACCUAAUAAUGAAUAUUUACUCAUUAUUUAUUCACACUCAAGUGGGU